AUCCUCUUAGAACACAUUCAACUUCUCAAGCAUGAAGCCUGGACCCCGUUGCUUAUGAAGAUGUGACCCAUGGUAGAGACCUGCCAGAAGCCGGCAGCCGAUGGGGUUACAUGAUGGCAUGGUCUACGUCACCACCCGAGCAUCCAGACCCUGCCGGUUUAUAAAUGGAUUACCAUGUACAACCCUGGAUGACAUAUGCUGGAUCUAAUGGCAACUGCUGUUAAAAUGAACGGUUUGUCAAGGUGCUUGGGAAGACAGAUCAUACAACACGCGAAAACACCUUUCUUCAGCAAUACGACCCCACUACGUCUUUCUGGCGUUCAUCUCCGAAGAUACUCAGACCAGAGCUCAAAAUACAACGGCAACAUGACUACUCAACCUCCCAAGAACGAGAUGGUGUACAUGCCAGGGGUGAUGUCACCGAGUCGAUCGUUUGGGGUAUUCCGUAAGGUCCUUCACACUGGUCUGUAUUCGCAAUUUGUGGCGAUGGAAGUUCCGGUCAACGGCGAAAUUGGUGACGAGAUUCAUACCGUCGAUCAAGUGCUGAUAUUCACCCAUGGCACUGGCAAGGCAAUUGUUGCUGGGAAGGAACAAGAGGUCAAACAGAACGAUGUCGUCAUAGUCCCGGCUGGCACUCAACACCAGUUUCUGAAUAUCGGAAACACGCCACUCGAAGUCGUCACCAUAUACUCCCCGGCUGAACAUGACCCGCGUACAGUACAUCAAACCAAGGCAGAGGGCGAUGCACAGGAAGAGGCUGGCGAGGAUAAAGCACCAGAGUGGAGUCAACGGAGCAAGUCGGAGAACGAGAAGAUUGGGCUGGUCAUUCCGCCAUAAGCAGGGAACGGUAUAUACUCAACCGAUCAGUCGGAUGUAUCUACCCGGAGUCUAUAUUCUUGUGAACAAUUGGCUGAGAUGAUUGUAACACACGGUGCCACGUCGACAUCAGCGUAGUCAGACGGAGCCUAAACAGUUCUAAUCGAAAUCGAUCCAGUACCUUGGAGUUCCAGAGCCUGAUAUAGGGGCUGAGUUUGAAUAUUAUCUGAUGCUGGAGUCGCC